CUUGUACUUCAACCACUUGCAACAACGCCCACGACAGCCUCUACUUCCGCCUCCUGUUAUCAUUGAUCUCCUCAACAUGCGCCCAUCCAUCGUCAUAAUUUCGAUACUUUCUGUCAUCAACUCAUACGCUCAGGCUACUACUCUACACCCUUCUCAACGCGUCUCAACAGAUAUUCUCUAUUGGCCCAUAACAUCCUCUGAACCUUCGCUCUUCGCCCGCGUCUCCUACGAUCCAACCUCUUUAGAGUCCAACGUGAUAUCCUACUCACCUCCAAUUGCGGUGCACACUGAGUCACCAAACCUAGUGCGUGUUGGGCUAUAUUCCUCCAACGGGAUCGACCCGAAACAAUGGAGCGGGACUCUCACGUCUUGGCCUGCCGUCGCAGGAAGUGAUGGACAGAGGCCAAUGCUUCAGCUUUAUCUCGAUUCUUCUAAGAAAGUGUACCAUGUGGCCUUAACAUUAUCAUCGCUCGAGUCUACCAUUGCACCAAACACAACAAGCCCUAUUAUGAAACUCAUCCCCCUCGAAGCUGGACCCCGGCCGCAUCUUAAUCGCCCUGUUGUUGUCAGUCCAGAUGGCACAAACCUCGAAGAUGUCGCUGAGAAAACUUUCUUUCAAAAGUAUUGGUGGGUUUUCCUCAUCAUCACAUUUCUGGCUAUGUCUGGUAGCGGAGAAGAACAAUGAUCUUUUUGGCCGGUCCUCCCCCACCAUUCACUCAUAGUCGCUAUUAUUUGUCCUGGGAACUUGUCAUCAAAAGAGAGGGGGGGGGGAGUGGAAAAGAGUGAGAACGAUCAGACCAAAACUGUCAAAGCAAAUCGGAGAAUACCACGUAAGGUCCUAGGACAAACCCAUAUGCAAUCUUUGACACGCGUACUAUUUCUAGUAGAUACCCCGAAGAUCCUAGAACUCCGAGUGGUAAGUUGACUAAGACGUUAAUUUAUUUCGGAAUCCUAUGAUCCUCGAAGCGAUACCCUUAAUUCAUUGCCUUAUUCAACAAUCUUCGCUGCUACAUCGAGAGUCGUUGAUCAGUACUGGGAAGAAAGCGAAGAUGGGAUAGUCAUGCAUUUAUUGUAGGUAGCCUCUUGUGUGUGGGCGAUGGACUUUCUUGGAGAACAUGCAUCCCAAAAUCGCUUCUUUUGCCCAUGACGCUUACGUGUUGAAAGUAUACUUUGUAAAGGGGAGAAAAGUAUACCUCUGCUACGGUGGUCCUUGCCAUUAUUACGUAAGUACCAUAGUGUUUAACUAGUUAGCAGACGUC